AUGAAUGAUUCUAGGCAGCAGUCUCUGUUCUUCAUCACACUUCCAGAUUUAAACAAACUCUGUGCUGUCAGAAUAAUACUGAGUAAUAAGGUGGCAGAUACUGAGAUUAGGACUAUACAAAUGAAGAUGUGCAGGCAAUUGCUGUUUUUGCAUCAAGAUAUUCUUACAUCACCUGUGUCUGGAAUAUUAAACCAAAUCUGGGUGGUGAUGGCGAUACCAUUUUAUAAAGCAAGAAAACUUAAUGCCUAUGUUGAAAAAUAUGGAGCUAAGAUGGAGGCUCCACAAAGAGUAAUUCCUGUAAUUCUUCAGAACUGCCUUUCAUAUUCAUUCAUGGCUAGACUUGCUCCAGCCUGGAAUAGAACAGGCCAUCUCUUGAUACAAGGAAGAGAUUUUCUUUCUCAGAUGGGAAAACAAAGUGCUGUUGUAUUAAACAUCAAUGUAACAGAAACUCAAGUUUGUCUAAGUAUAGAAGCUUGCACAAUCAGACUGCCAGCACCUGAGCUAAAAGAGUUUGAGAUUUCCCAGAAUAUUAUAAGGGAUUUUCAUGCUAACAAGCGUGCUGUCAUUGAGAGACAUUCCAUUUUAAGCAACUGGUGCUACGUUUUGCCAAGUAUGAAAAUGGGACAAAUUAUAAAUAUUUUUCAUGCCAUCCCCCCUGACUGUCCUUUUCACUCAUAUGGAGAUUUCCAGAGACACUGGGAUGCCCUGUAUGGCUAUAAACUUCCAGAUGAUAGUGGAAAAAUUAAAAUAUACUGCAACAUCUAUUUCAAAAUGCUCGGAGAAAGGACCUUCACAUAUCCUCUCAGUUGCAUCAGAAGUCAGCCCAUGCAGUUCUUCCCAAGGGUAGAUUCGGAAGUUAUGUUGAAAAGUUUUCUUUCAGAUUUAAAAUCUAAACUGCCCCAUAUAUGUGGAUUUCCCAUAAAGAUGACAAGUAAACCGUGCUACUACACACAAGAACUAACUAAACCUAAUAUACAGGAACACAAAGUCAAGCCACCCAAUUUGACCACUAAAAAAAUGUUUAGGGCAUCUCCGACUCAAGCCACUUCCAGAAAGCCCGCCUGUGCUAAAAGUCUUCUACCAUGUUCAGUAGCAGUGGACCACAAGGUGGAGCUUUCAGUCAGCCAGCCAACAUCAGGCAUUUUCUCAGCUUUGCAUCUCCAGCCAGAGUCUGUUCAGGGUAGAGAGAAAUCCCUGUCUAUCAGGGCUCCGGAAGUAUUAAUGCCCAACAGAGGAAAUACUCAAGUUCAGCCCACAAAUCUUAGCUCCCAAAGCAACAUCACCCCUAAGUUUGUACCAGUUUUCAAAAAUAGAUUGUUACAGAUGAACAAAAAUACCUCAGUACUUGGCAGCCCAAAAAGAAAACAGCAUGUUGUGACACAGUCUAAAUUGUUUUCACUCAAAACUAGUAUGAUCCAGCAUGACAAACUGAAUUUAGGUCCAGCUAUAAAAAGCCAAUAUAAUAGUAACAUUCAGAUGCAGGCUGCUAACAAUUUAAAUCAGGAGAAUUCCAGACCUCUGCAAGAAAAAAAUACAGAGUCUUCCGAAAAUAUGACAAAAUUUCCCUCUUCUAAAGGAAAAUCGACUGUGAGUUUAAAUAAAAAUAAGCAACUAUCUAAUAGUGCAGUAUUUGUGGUGUCAAAUAACCAUUUAGGGGUGGUAAAAAGUGCUGUUGACUUCCAAAUGAAAGGAAAAGAAAAUUUAAUAGGCAAAUGUAUAACACAAAUUUUAGGGAAAAGCCAUGGGUCACUAAAACUGAAAAGACAGCCACAUAUUUUUGAAUCAGAUGGAGAAACCGAAGUUCCCCGACUGCUACAGCAGCAAUCAGAAAAUCAAGCUAAAGAAGUUGGUACAAGUGACCACAGGUUGAUAGUAAGCAAAAUAGCCCACAGGUCUAAAAGAAAAUUAUGUCCAGAGUCUUCCAAAACUUCAAAGAAGCAUCAUUCCAAUACUCUGCGCUAUGGCCAAUCCAGUUCUUCUGAGAAGCAGAUACUUGACUCAGAUAAAUCAAAACCUAAGAAAUCUCUCAUCAUUCCUAAUGCUUAG